UUUGACUACAAUAAAGAGAGAUGCGGUCUCCAUAAAAAAGAAGCUAUUUUAUCGCAGGUUAGCCUAUAGCACGCCGUGACCCUUAGUCAGUUGACUCCUAUCCGCAUCGUGUUUGUUGUUUUAAGUUGCUCCCGGCCGUGUUUAGCGGGGAGCGAGCGGGUGGUGGGUGUGGGCAACUGCGUCACCUGUUUUUCGGUCUCGUCAGCCGCCAGUCACAUCCAACCAACAUCGAUCUCCGCAACCUCACCUGCUUCAAAGACUCAACCUGGCCUCACUGAGUUCUCUCCUACGACGGCCCUUCAUCUUGUUCUCGUGGGCAAAUUUUCAUAUAUUCUUAUUUUUGCUGUUGUGUUUGAAUCUGUAUCUCCUUUGCCGUUGUUUGGAGUGGGGUACCGCAUUACGUGUCUACCUUCACCAUGGCAUUCCGUCUACCUACACAUCCUCCACAGAGGCAACAAGCCUACACUGGCGCCCCUCAGCCCUCCAGCCUCGAGACCAGGUCUACGGCUGCGUACUUGCAACGCCCCCAACAGCAACAACAGCAGCAGCAGCAGCAUCAACAAGUCGAAGAGUCGACAGAAUGGGUCCUCUUCUCGCCCUCCCACGCGGGCUCCAUUACGGCCCGCACCCAUACCACCUCCACUGAAAGAACACCGCGCACAGCUGGCCUGUCGCGAGUCAGUGAUUUUGGUUCGCUUGACACUGCUGCCCAAUCCCAAUCUGAAGAUGAACUUGAUGAGGAUGUGUUGGAAGAUGAUACCACAGAGCUUGACAGCCUGGACGAUGGCUUACAUGCCUUUCGCGAACCUACUAGAUACAGGAUAAUAUCUACUCAGGCAGGCCCUUAUGAUACCGCCAUCCUCCCAGCACAUGACGGGUUAGGUUUGUUUGCCCCGUCGAGCCAGGAUGUACAGGAUCAGCUCUGGCAACAUGAACAAUACAACCCGCGACGGUGGGGUGACGGUAGACAUAGAAGGCGGUCUAGUGUCCAGAGAAAUUUGGAGACUGUUGAAGAAAUCCAGGCUCGCGAGUUAGAGCGCGAGAGAUGGCAGAGAAUUGAGCAGUGGAGGAUGGAACAGAGCCGUGCUUUGUUGCAGGAGAUUGAGAAGGAGACGAGGCGGAGAAGAAACAGCCGCGCAAGUCAUACUGGCGAAAGAUUAGUAGUAGCUCGACAGGCUCUUGAGAGUGAUGCGGGGAAAAUCGAUCUGGAAACUAAUGCCUCCGAAGCUGGUACUCAAGAAUCCCGUCUUAGCCAGGAUUUAGGAUCGCAUGAUUAUGAUGAUGAUGAUGCUGCAGCUAAUGAGUCCUUCUGGAGAAGGAUCACCCGGAAAGUCAUUCGGGACUUAAUUGGUAUCGAUGACUCCUUACUUUCAGUCAUCUUGGGUGAGUCGCUUGUCCCGACUGAGAAAAGAGAGCAAGAUGAGAUGUCCGCAGUGAACGAUCUCAGCGAUUCUACAUUAGAUGGCUUGCACCAUCAUUUGGAUGGGGACGAGGUCCUGAAAGACGUGAGUGACGCUCCUCACGCCGACGAUCAUUGGCAUGAAAGGCUCCUGGAGCGUAUUGCUCGCGAGUUGGGAAUUCUGGUCCAUCAACUAUGUGAACAUCCAGGUGCCUUCAGCACUUAUGUUCGCUCUUCAGCAUCUAUUUCUAAACAGUAUGCUGGUAUACCUAUUUCUCCACCUCCUUCGACACCCAUAGCAUCUGUCUCUCGGCCAUUUCCCCUGUCUCGAACCGCGUCAAAUAAUACCACAUCCAAUCUUGCGUCAACAUACUCUCCCCAAUACGAAUUCGGCCCCACCCUCCGAGACGUAGCUAACGCUGCAUUAGAAAUUGGGGAAGAAGCACCCCUCUCCCCUUACGACCCGAAUACCCAGCCUGCGCCACUGACGGCAGGUCAAAUCCCCCAAAGCAGCGAAGCCCUCUCAGAAGCCGCCCGCCUUGAACGCGAGCGCGAGUAUUGGGAACGCGAGCUAGAUAUCAAAAUGGUCUUCCACUUCCUGCGCAGCCGCUUUAGCAAAAACAUCCCCUUCACAAAUGACGACAACAAUAACAAAAACACGUCCCCUCGCCGUCGCAGCUCCACCAAUACCACCACCACCCUUUCAACCCACCCAACAAAUCAACAAGACUCUUCCCUCCGCGCUGCCAUAAUCCGACAACAUCACCCCCUCGUCGCGCGCGCCCAUGCCCGCUCCCAAUCCCAAAUCCAACGGGCCAUGGCCCGGCAGCAUGCCCGACAACCUUCAACAUCUCUCUCGAGCCCUGCCAUGGCUGGGCCCGCUAGCCCAAUCCUCUGCCAUCAUAUCCGCCGCCCUAGCUCCAGUUGCGCAAGCCAAAGUGCAAAGAUGUCUGUGGUCUCGGCGAAGCGGACGAUGGCUGGCGGUAGUGGGUCGAGUCGACAUUACUGGGAUAUUGGGGGUAGCGUUGGGAGCGGAAGCGUGGUUGUCUCUGCGGUUGGAGGGAUAGGGAGUUGGCGCGAUGUUUGAAACGAAUGUUUAAUUAUUUAUGCUCUAGUGGUGAAUAGCGAACGAGGUCAUCUUCGCAUCAUUGGUUUUUUUCUUCUUUCUUCCCCCUUUAGCCUUUCUUGGACCUCGAUAAGCAUAUAUGAUUCUAUUUGCUACCUUCUCGCGUGGAGUAACAUGCUUUCUUUCUUGUGUUUUAUCUACCUUUUUUCAUGCUCUGCCCACAUACACAUUUGAAGUAUAUCACGGAAAGUGAAUAGAUGGCUCAAAGGGCAUUGGAAGGCGCGUCGGAAGAGGGAUUAGGGGGAGGAAUCCUUGGGCCAGGCUAGAUGGGAAUGGAUGCCUCUUUGGUUCUUGUUUUUCGAAUGAUAGCAUAAAUGACCUUUUGGGAGCACGGAAAGGCGCGUAGAGGGAGGCUGUCUAUUCUCUUACAUGUAUAUAUGAAAGCAGUUUGGUAACUUCAAAUUAGUUGUUUAUAAGCUAGAUAUGUGGCCGAAGCAAUACUUGAGACCUAUAUCUGGGUGGCCACACACUGUGUAUGCGCUGCAACACACCACCAGCUAAAGAAUUACACAUGGUGAUGAUCACUGAGUUACUGGCAUAUCAACAUAUUUCUCAUAUUCCCAAAUAAUUUGUUAAUCUCACUAGAAUUCAGUUAAGUGUGACUGAGUAUACACAUAGAGAAGAAUGACUGUCCAUAUCAUGAAGAAGCAGAGACACAGAAAGACUACUGUAGAAACAUUGACAUUUAUAUUGUAGUCUUAUGAAGAUCAAACAUAUAGAUUUGAAUAAAUGUGACUUUCAUUCAUAUUUAAGAGUCAUAUAAACUGACUGACUGACUUACUGAUACUCAAUGCUAU